AUUUCAUUUCCCGCAGCCUCGUUUUUGAAUAUCACCUGCCUCCGCUGCCUGUGAUAUUUGAUCUGAGUCCUCCCAGCCUAUCCAUAAGCGCCACUCCAUCCGCUCUCACGGCUUCCACAUAAUCUCUCCUGUCGUCACAGAAACACUCCCUCGUCAGACACCGAGAUCGCAAUGCCACCAGUCCGAUCACGCGGGUCCCGCAAGCCCCCGCCUGAAGGCUUCGAGGACAUUGAAGACACACUCCUCGAAUACAGCAACAAAAUGCGCGACGCUCAAAACGCCUCGCACGAAGGCAAGAAGAAACACGAAACAGUCUGGCCCAUCUUCCAGAUCUCCCAUGCCCGAUCCCGCUACAUCUACGACCUGUAUUACACCCGCGAGGCCAUUUCAAAACCCCUCUACGACUGGCUGCUCAAGAAUGGCUACGCCGACGCCAGCUUGAUCGCAAAGUGGAAGAAGCAAGGUUACGAGAAACUGUGCUGUCUGCGGUGCGUGCAGACGAAGGAGACAAAUUUCCAGGGCACUUGUAUUUGUCGGGUUCCCAAAGCCGGCCUCAAAAAGGAAGAUGGCGGAGAAGGAGGUGCGGGCGUACAGUGCGUCAACUGUGGAUGUCGGGGUUGCGCGAGCAGCGACUGAUCUGCAAACCGGGAGUCACUUACGGUGAAUGGAUGGAUGAACCUUUUCGCAAGCAAAAAAGCAUCUGGCGUUUAUGACUGAAAACGGUGGACAUGAUACCCCCGGCAUUUUUUGUGGACUGCAGCAUAUAUGGAGUCACGGCGUUGCACAGACAAGGAAACGUGAUUCAGAGCAGAUUAAACGAGUGAUAUGACAUUACUCAAUGAGCGAUAUGGUAUUAGCAUGAUGUGCUGUAAG